AUGAAAAAAGCCGGUCCACUAAGGCUUACAUGGCCUGAUAUUGAUCAUGUUGGGUAUGUUCGUCAAGCUUUUGAAGGUGCAUCUCUAACUAUUUUUAUCAAUAUUCUAGAAAGUGGUUUGUUGAAGAAAUGUAUGAGAUUUGAUGAAGACAAAGCACGCAUUUCUUCUUGA